AUGGAAGCCGAGGAAGGGGACGCUGGUAUGGAAACAGUUAAUCAUGGAGACGGUUUUGAUGAGAGAAUGAGGUCAACAAUUAAUCACGAAGGCAAUGUCAAGGCCUAUGAAGAAGAGAGAGAAGUUAUCGUGGUUCCAAGUAAAAAUCUGCACUUGGAUAAAGGAAGAGAGAGAGAGAAGAGAAGGCAGUUUGAGUUAAACACCGAGUCGUUAAAUAAAGGUGUCCAUGUCAAACAACCCGAGGUUGCUAAAGCUGAGCAUGCAGUUCCAAUAAUCAAAGAAGCCUCCCGGGUGCCUGUGCAAACCCAUAGCUCAGUUGGGUCUACCGGUAUUAGUGAUGAAGCUACCUGCGCGCCGCGUGAGAAGAGUCUCCGCCAGUAUAUCGAUAUUGAGGAUAACAGUUCCUCCAGUGAAGAAUCGUCCUUGUCGUCCGACGAUUACAACAACAUUGACAACAACAUUGACAACAUCGACAACAACAUUGACAACAACAUCGACAACAACAUCGACAACAACAUCGACAACAACAUCGACAACAACAUUGACAACAACAAUAACAACAAAGAUAUGUCAAUGCCCACUUUUGAUCAAAACAUUGAAGACGCUUCUGAAAUUGAUUUAGCCGAGCAGAUGCGCAAACUAGAUGUCCAAACCACACCAAUCAUGGGACAUUCUACACCCCGCAAUGAGCUUUCGUUUGAUCAUUCAGUAGGGAUCGGCCGCCCUAUGCGUCAAAUCAACACUAUCGAACCAAUGGAAAUUUUACAACGUAUUCCAACAAAUUUUCAUAAACAACCUGUUCUUUCAGAUCUCAACUCUGUUAGUCCACAACAAAACCCUGAAGAUUACAAUCUUGAUUCCGUCAGCAUGAGUGUUGACGAUGAGCUGUCCACAUCAGCUAAACCCCCUGAAGCUAAUAUUCUUGAUGCUUCUAUUACUCGUGACCCUAAUGAGAUGGAUAUAAGUAUGAAGUCUACCACUCUGGACUCUGAUGAGAUGGAAAUAAGUAUCAACGCUAUUCACAUUAACACCACCAACGAUUACAUUGCAACAACACCUCCACACAACAACUUUACUGGUAAAUCAUUUAUUGCUGCUACUCAGGAAGACAUCAACACUAAAGAUCCUUUAGUGCUCAACAAAAUUAUUUUGCCCGCUUAUCUUCAAUUCCCAGAUCAACAAAUUUUUACACCUGCCCUAGUGGAUUCUGGCGCUCCCGCACUUUUUGUCAAACUGGAAACAAUCCAAAAGGCCAAUCUGGAUCACCUCUGUCAACCUUGCAUCAAGCAACGGUUAGCCAACACUGCAAUUGGUCCUGAAACUUCACGUCUUACUCACAAAAUUUUGCUUACUAUUGUUAUUGGUGACAUUUCUGUUACUGAUAUGUUUUUUGUUGCUAGUGAACUUUAUCAUGAUGUUGUACUUGGUGUUCCUUUUAUCAAAAAUUUUUGGCAAUUCAUAGAUUGGGAGUCUGAUACUUUUAACAACAUUGAGUCUAUCACACCAUCCGAGCUUUAUGCUAACAAAGUUCAAUUCGGUCGUCUUGCAAAAUCUAGGGAUAAUUCCUUAGGUGUUUGUGUCAUCAGAAUGGAAAACGAACCUGGAGGGGAGGAAGGAGUAUUACCAAAACAAUUUUCGGAAUUUAGUGAUGUCGUAACAAACGACCCACCGGAUAAACUACCACCACAAAAAGAUAUCUCACAUCGAAUUGAUACCGUUCCCACAGCAAAAAUCCCAGCAAAGCCACCAUAUCGUCUUUCACAACAAGAAAAUAAAAUUCUUACAACAGAAAUCGAAAAACUCAUCAAAACUGAAUUUAUUCGCCCAUCGUCAUCACCUUACAGUGCUCCUGUUCUUUUUGUCAAAAAGAAAGAUGGUUCCAUGCGUAUGUGUAUCGACUACCGUAUGCUCAACAACAUUACCAUCAAGAACCGUUACCCAUUACCCAACAUUGAUGACAUUCUCAAUCAACUACAUGGUGCAAAGUUUUUCAGCAAACUUGAUCUUCGCUCUGGUUAUCAUCAAAUUCGUGUUUUUAAUGACCACAUUCAUAAGACUGCUUUUUCAACAAACAAUGGUCAUUGGGAAUUUUUAGUCAUGCCUUUUGGACUAACCAAUGCUCCUGCUACUUUUCAAAAUUACAUGAACGACAUUUUUCGUCCUUAUCUCAACCAAUUUGUCGUUGUUUACCUGGAUGAUAUUCUCAUUUAUUCUGAGUCUAGUGAAGAACAUGAGAAACAUGUCAGAAUUGUCCUAGAACUACUUCGAUCUAAUCAAUUAGUUGCUAGUCUAAAGAAGUGUGCUUUCUUUCGUGAAUCACUUGAGUUUCUUGGUUUCCAAGUAUCUACUAAAGGUAUCUUGCCUACGGAUGAUAAAGUCAAAGCUAUAAGAGAUUUUCCUGUUCCUAUAACACCUCACGAUUGUAUGCGUUUUAUGGGUCUUGCUAAUUUUUAUCGACGUUUUGUUCCGCAUUUUUCACAAAUUGCUGCACCAUUGACUACUUUUAUGUCUCAACCCAAAGAUACUAAGUGGACCCCCGUUGAACAAAAAGCCUUUGACAAGCUUAAGGAUAAGCUUACCACUAGUCCUGUUCUUAUCAUACCCAAUCCAGAUGAUCUCUUUGUCCUUACUACUGACGCUAGUAAAAUUGGUAUUGGUGCCACCUUAGAACAAUUCGGAGUUCAAGGUAAAAAGCUUGGUGUCGUCGCUUAUUUCUCCCGCAAGCUCGACAAAGCUCAACAAAACUAUGCUGUCCAAGAUUUGGAAUUCUUGGCUAUCGUCGAAGCUUUGAAGCAUUUCCGCACUCUGUUAUAUGGCGUUCAUUUCAUUUUACGCACUGACCACAUUUCCUUGACUCACUUACAGUCUCAAACUAAACAACCCACUGGUCGUAUUGCACGAUGGUUUGGUUUACUUGCUGAGUAUGAUUUUAGUAUUCAGUACAUCAAAGGAAAAACUAAUGUCGCUGCGGAUGCACUUAGCCGCAUGUUCAUUGAAGCUAUUGAGCUUGAUAACGAUUUUGAGAAACUUUUACAACAAGUUCGCGAUUCUUUAAAGUCUGAUCCUUUCUUCGCUGAUAUCAUUAGUCAUUUGGAAGAUUCGGAUUCACCACUUCACGAUCGUCUCAAAAAGCAAUUUGAGUACGAUGACGGUGUUCUUUAUUUUAUAAAGUUUACUACCAUGGAUGAUCAUCAUCGCCGUCUUUGCAUUCCUGCAUCCCAACUUAGACAGUUGCUUAUCUCUAAAGCACAUAACCUGUCUCAUUCUGGCCCUUAUGCCACUUAUCUUACAUUAGCUGCUGACUAUUAUUGGCCCCACAUGUUCCGCAACAUCAAGCGUUUUAUUCAAAGUUGUGAUAACUGUCUACACAACAAACCUGAGCAACGCAAAACACAAGGUCUGCUACAACCACUGGAAGUUCCUGAGAACCGCUGGUCUUCAGUUUCUAUGGAUUUUAUUACUGGCAUUCCUAUGUCCGAGGAUUUUGAUAUGAUUUUAGUAGUCGUUGACCGCCUUACCAAACGCGCUCAUUUUAUCGCAACUACUACUACCUUAGAUGGCCCUAAGCUAGCCCAGCUUUUUAUGCGCGAAGUUACUCGCUUACAUGGAUAUCCCACAGAAAUUGUUUCGGAUAGAGAUGUUCGUUUCUCUACAUUCUGGACUGCUUUUACCAAGUCCUGGGGUACGAAGCUAUGCAAGUCUACUGCUUAUCACCCACAGUCUGAUGGUCAAACAGAACGUAUUAAUCGGAUUCUAAGACAACUUUUACGCUCUUACUGUUAUGACAAUGGACUUGAUUGGUUUUAUUAUCUUGACCAAGUAGAAUUUGCUUACAAUUCCGCACCACAGUCUACUAUUAAGACAUCUCCAUUUGUCGCUGAUCUUGGCUUUCUACCUCGCCAACCUGCAAUGAUCCGUCCACCAUUGGAUGCUCGUACACCCUCAAACGUGGAAAGUCUACAAGUCAAACUGAAAGCUAUUCUGUUACGUACUCAAGAGUACAUGAGUUUCUCACAGUUGAGUCAACAACGACAAGCUGACAAGCAUCGUCGUCCUGUGGAAAUUAAAGUUGGUGAUUCUGUUCUUAUCCACCACACUAGUUUUCAGAGCCCCAACAAUAGGAUGCUGCCACUUUUCGUCGGUCCAUACACCGCCGUUAAAGCAAUUGGGGGAGGAAAUGCGUUUGAAUUGGACUUACCCACUACUGUGAAGAACAACCGUGUUUUUAAUGUUUCGAAAUUACGCAAAUAUGUCAAAUCUGAUGAAUACCCUGCCGAGAUUAGACCUACUGAGGAUUAUGUUAAGAAGAACUUGAACCGCAUUGCUAGCGUAGCCUCUAUGCAAAAUGGUCUUGUCUAUCUACAGUUCACAGAUAGCCUAUCUGGGCAUUGCGUCGCUAUUUCGACAAGUUUUUGGAAUUCUAUGCCUGCAGAAAAAAGGAUACCAUUAUUCAAAGCUUACAUGGCUAGAAUCAAAGCUCGGGACGAGCUUUUAUGA